AUGUCGGCAUUCCGACGAGAUUUCACGACCGGUUAUCACGAUGCGAACAACCAGCCUGCCAUAUCACCGGCUGAAUCCUCCAUUAUCGUCGCUAUUCUAAGCGCUGGUACCGUUCUCGGCGCACUUCUCGCCGCUCCUAUAGGCGAUGCCUGGGGUCGCCGCAUCUCCCUCAUUCUGUCCGUCGGCGUAUUCAGUUUCGGUGGUAUUUUUCAAGUCUGCGCGCACGAUAUUCCGAUGCUAUUGGUUGGAAGGUUUUUUGCUGGUGUCGGAGUUGGGUCCAUCUCAGUACUCGUCCCAGUCUAUCAGUCGGAAAUGGCACCGAAAUGGAUUCGAGGUACCCUUGUCUGCGCCUACCAACUAUCCAUCACAAUAGGCCUACUAUCUGCAUCCUUCGUCAACAUUCUGACCGAAAAGCUGCAUACCGCCGCCGCUUACCGAAUCCCCCUCGGCCUCCAACUUGUAUGGGCUGUGGUACUCGCUCUCGGCCUACUUGUCCUACCUGAGACGCCUCGUUAUCUCGUCAAGAAGGGCAAACCAGAAGCCGCUGGCUUGUCACUCAGUCGCCUCCGACGUCUCGAUAUUACUCAUCCUGCCUUGCUUGAUGAGCUGCAGGAGAUUGUUGCUAACCAUGAAUAUGAGCUCACCUUGGGUCCAGAUUCAUACAGGGAAAUCUUUUAUGGAUCCCCUCACCUUGGUCGACGAACACUCACUGGAUGCUGCUUGCAAAUGCUGCAGCAACUGACAGGUAUCAACUUCAUUAUGUACUACAGCACGAGCUUCUUUGACGGCGUCAAACUCGAUAACCCGUAUCUCAAAGCUCUUAUCAUCAACAUCAUCAAUGUCGUAUCAACAGUUCCUGGACUCCUAGUCAUCGAGUCUUGGGGUCGUCGUAAGCUUUUGAUGGUCGGUGCUAUCGGCAUGGCCGUCUGCCAACUUCUUAUUGCUUCCUUCACCACAGCCGCCGGAGACAAUCUCCAGAAAGCCGCCCAAACCAUUCUUAUCGUGUUCUGUGCAAUUUACAUUUUCUUCUUUGCAGCAUCAUGGGGCCCCGUCGCAUGGGUUAUCACUUCCGAAAUUUACCCUCUCAAGGUUCGUGCGAAAGCCAACUCGAUCUCCACCGCCUCCAACUGGCUGCUCAACUUCGGCAUUGCGUACGGAACUCCUUUCAUGGUUGGCUCCGGGCCAGGUUAUGCCGACAUUGGGCCCAAAAUCUUCUUCCUUUGGGGGGCUUUCUGUAUCCUAGCCGUUCUGUUUGUCUGGUGCAUGGUAUUCGAGACAAGCAAGAUCAGCUUAGAACAGAUAGAUGAGAUGUAUGAGCGUGUCGACUACGCCUGGAACAGUACCAGGUUCGAACCAAGCUGGAGCUUUCAGCAAAUGUUGAACGAUGGAUGGUCACCAAGUGCCCAGCCUCCACCAGAACACGAACUGCAACAAACGCAAACAAAUUCCACAACACAUACAAACUCAAAUUCAGCAACGUCAACAAACACCGCCGCCACUGGGACCUCGACAUCAGCGGAAGCAAAGAUGCUAUCCCAGAUGGGCAAUGUUGAUUUCAGCUACUGA